AUGAGCCGUAUGAAAAGUUUUCUUGGUCGACUGGACGAAGGGAGACUUCGACUGGGAGAGGGAAAGCCUCGAUUUGGACACAGAAGACCUCGACUGGGAGACGGAGGUCCUCAACUAAGAGAGGGGCCUGUGUACGACCUCCUGGAGGCCAUUGGCACACAGAGAUAUCCAGAGCUGCACGAUAGCUUAGAAAUGAUCGCGUUGGCACCGCUGCGGGCCGAUGAACAGGCGCGACGCCAUCGUCAACAGAUGGAGGAAAUGCAGCAAGAAUCGUCAAAGGAGAUAGCCGAGAAGAAAGAGCAGAUCAACGAACUCAUGCAAAGGAUACAGCUUCUUAGCUUCCACCCAGAUUCUCUAACUGACGAAGAGGCGAUUCGAACAAUGAAACACCUACGACACCGUCUAGACGCAUGUGUGAACACUCUUGACAUGGAGCGCCUAGAAAAGGUGAGCGGGCAUAUUGCGGGGAACAACGCCACUUUUAUCCCUCAAGGGCUCCACGAGGUCCGCGCAUUUAUCACCUCGGUCGUCAGUGUGGCGGUGUAUGAGCAUAUUUUUGAUUUCCUGAUAUUCCCGAUCCCGGAGGAUGGCCCGUUCAGCGACAUCAUCAAGACAGUACACGACCACUGUCCAUCACACGUUGCCCAUCAUUGGCGCGCGGCUACAAGCAUCGGUGCACAGUCACAAAAGAGCGAGCGUUUGAUUGUCGAAGAUGUUAUUGCUCAAGUGGCGUCAGACUUGGGUGGGGCCUUUCAGAGUAUUGGGAAACUCACGCGCUUUGCUGAGGGCUGCAUGGUGUUCAAGCAACGUUUGGAUCGCCAGGAAUGCGCAUAUCGCUUCUUUCGCAGUCGUUCUGGGGACCAAUAUGUUGCAGACAGGAUGGAGCAGGUUGGGACUAGCCAUGCUCCUGGGAAGCAGAUUCAAUGCUCUCUGUGGCCCGGGCUGUUUAAGGUAUCCCGGGAAGGAUGUCGCGUUGUGGUUCCAGAAUCUGUUCUCUCGAGGGCCGAGUCUCAUGAAACGCCAUUGGACGGGGUAUGGACUUCUUAA